AUGCCAGUGACUUCGAAGAAGGCAGAUGUGUGGGCUCUUGGUGCCGUGAUCCACGCGUUGGCGCAUGAUGGACGUCCUCCACUCCGACCCCGUCCAGAAGGUAUGCCUCACCAUGAUUUCUAUAGGUGGCCUGGAGCGAGAGAGCCGACGUCAUUUCUAGGCCUCUACAGUGACGAGCUGCAUAACCUUGUCAUCAACGGAACUCUGGAAUUCAAUCCACAUGCACGAUUGUCGAGCUUUGAGGUGCUUCAGUGUGUGGUUGUUGAAGUCGAGUUGGGGGUCGCAUCGGAUAUGGGCUGGGAGCCAUUGCUUGGGCCAAACUUUUCGGCCAAGACCUACGAUGAGAAUGGAGUCACCGAGAACACAACUGUGAGCUCUGAUGAAAGUCCUCGGGGUGUUGACCCGAUGAGUCUUCGCGAAGUAGACCAGAUGCCGUAUUGCGACCCUAUGGUACGUAUCAAGUGGCGUUCGAGAGACUCCCAUUGUGCUACACUACUCAAGGCUACAUUUAAGGAGUAA